AUGUCGCACCAACAGAAUUCCCUGCAGCACGCCGCUGUACCUGUCGAUCCGUCCCCACAAAAUCUACGUUCUCCGCUUUCGGGGCCCCGCAAACAUUCUGACAAGCCCACUAGGCACAAUACGUUUCACACGAUGUCCGCUUCAUCACCGAACGUCAAGUCGUCGACCAUUCGCUCGCACACUUUCGAUUUUCCGAGCAUCCACAACCGCACAAAUCCACCGCAACUGUCACCCGUGGCCGGUCCUAGUCCGCUUCGCCAAUUCAGUGCCUCUCAACCAACGAAUUCGCCACUUAGUGCAGUCUUUGUACAGGACUCAGGCUCACUGGAUCUGGGCCACGAUUUCUCGCCGGGGCCGUUACUGCACUCCGGUCCGUUUACGGCCUCGCCGACCCACAUGGCACGCGCACCGCACAGAACGGCGCCUGAGUCGCGCAAAUCGUCAGGGAACAGCACGGAUCGUGACGCAGGCGCCCAUCUUGAUCUCAAGCGGCUACUCAGCAAGCCUCUCAUUCACCAUCCGUCGGCCUCUUCAGCUAUUUCCCUUCCAUCAGACUCGGAGGUCUCGGUGUCGUCGCGCAGUCACCCGACAUAUUCUUCUCAGCCGUCCUCAAGCUCUCGAGGGGAGUCGCAUGAUAGGCCGAUGCUGCAUGUUGCAUCGCCUAGCUUGAACGUUAGCUCUAAGAAUACAUUCUCCUCUUCCCCCAGUCAUCGUACCGCCCAAGACACUCAGACUCGUCAGCGCAACGUGCUCAGGCGACCGGGUCGUCCCGCGACUGCAGACGAUGCAGGCGCAGGGUCUGGUCACGUCCGCCGUAUGCGUUCUGUUGACGCAUUACAGGUAAACGCAUCACAACCUCCACCAAGUCCAAGUUCACUCAGUGUUGCUACUGGUCGAAAGGGGGAUCUGGCGACGCGCACGAGCCUCACGCCCGCUGGGCAAGUAGCACUGGCCUACAAACAACAGGAGCUGCGUCGGGAGGAGCUGGCUGAAUUGUCAGGCUGGACUGAGCGGCCUCGACAGGGCACACCCGUGCCAUCUAGUGGCCGUCGUGGCGCUGACGUUGAUUCGAUGCCUUCUCCCGCGGAAGACGAAGAGGAGACUACAGGUCCCUACUACACGGUCUUUGGGAGCAGUUCGGGGCAUGUAGUUGCUGCGGGGAGUGCACAGGACUACACUCAGUUGGAUAACUAUUUCAUGAAUGAGGAACAGCCCAGAAAGCCUCGCAGAAGUUUGUCGCGGAAGAUGUCGGGUAGGUUUAGGAAAGUAUCCGACGCCGUUAAGAAGGAAAAGGAUAUUUCUCCAGUGACGAAAGACGAUAAUUGGCGGCCCUAUGAUGGGCGAUUAUCAUCGAUUCCUACUCCCCGCAUGUCGUUGGACGAACGAUUAGAAGUGUCCACCCAAACCUCCAACUCUGCUUCCACUGCAAGGGGCAGCACACACGAACGGGAGAGGUCGGUGGGUGUUAUGGAUGAGCGCAGUCCUCGCUUGGGCAAGGCUGGGAAGAGUAAAACUGCUGAUCGUGAUGAGGAGGCGCAAGUGGGUGGGAAACUCUGGAGGCUUGUCAAGCGAAUCAGCACUGGGGGGCUACGGGACAAAUACAAGCACAACCGCGAGUCAGCUCCCCCCGUGCCACCUCUGCCAGUGGAUCUUCAAAAGUUGGCGGGGUCGCGUACCACAUUUGAAAUGCAUGAGAUGGGUGGGCGCGAGGGCUUUGGGAGCAAUAAUGUGAGUCCCACGCAGUCGCAUCCCUCUGUGUCCGGAGCACGUCUCCCAACGGGAUCAUCACAGAAAAUAUCACCGCGACACACGACCACCUCACGACCUUCUACAGGCAAAGCGUCUUCAAGUCCGCCGACUCAUCGGCCUAGCACGACUACCAGAUCCUCGUCACCGCUCUCGUCGGACAUGGCUUCUUCUGGUUUCUUCCACCGUACUCAAUCCACGCGGUCUUCAUCUUCGUCUUAUGGGGAGGAGAUACCUCCCGUGCCCUCCCCACACAAAGCGGCCGUUGCACAGCACAUCAUGCCGCCUAGCGAGCUGUACCGACUGGAGUCGAAUCGCACAAAAGAGGAUAUCACAACGACCGCGCCCCGGAAGCCUCACAAGCCGAUGCGUUCGAUGUCCGAGCCGACUGACCACCGCCGCUCGCCCAGCUCUGCAGACGAGAGCCUGCCAUCCUUGCCCUGCCCGCCCCGGAGACCUGGACUGAGCCCGCGCGAGGCGGGCGCACACGAUAGACCCGCGUCGCCGCCUCUGCCAUCGUUCACCACGGCGGGCGCCGUGAACAAUUUCUCAGCGCCGUCGUUGCCUCUGCCGGAAUUUGGUGCCAUCCCAACGCGCCCCAGGCGGAGCUCGCGGCGUAAGCCCGCGAGCAUCGAGCUGCCCGCGCCGUCAGUGUCAUCCUCGCUAGCUACGCGCUCGCCGCUGACGCCGCGGACACCACGCGCGCAGACGAAGGCGCCGUCGGACGCACCGGCGCGCGCGUCGAUGAGCACGUUGAGCUAUAAUGCGGCAACACCGCUGUCGCCGUCGUCAACGUCAACGUCGCCCUCCUCGGCGUCGUCGUCGCAGCACCGGUCGCCGCUGACGUUCCGGGAGCUGGAGUCGCCGCGGCAGGCGUGGUCGGAGCAGGAGAAAGUGGACAAGUGGGAGGCGCUGCUGGAGCGCAGCGCGCGUGCGGGCGGGACCCUGCACAUCAGCGAGACGGGGCUGCUGUCGGAGAGCAUGUCGCUGUCAGAUCUGCCGGAGAGUUGA